GAAGGAAGGGCUGCAUUUCACAGCAACAGAGUUUAGACUGUCUUUGCUUCAUCAUCUGAAGGUAAAAAAAAAAAAAAAAGGAAGAAAGAAAAAAAAAAGAAAGAGAAGAAGAAAAAAAAUUAAAAAAAAAAAAAAGAAAGGAAAAAAAAAAUUCCAGAUACGGCAGGCGGCUCUUCCAGAGUACAAGAAACAAGGGGACGGGAACUAUUGAUUGGCCUGGAAAUUUCUUCCUGGUGAUGCAGUGGAGAAGAAGCGUCGGCCUCUGGAUCCUACCAGAUGUUCCUGGGGUCACCGCACAGGAGUAGGACCCGAGCUGAGCAAGAAUUUACAAAGGAAGAAGGAAAGAAAAUUCUGCUAGAAUAUGAACAUCUGAGCGGCUUGUUUUUGAGCAUCAUCUGUCACUCGGAGCACCAAAACGAAAUAUUCUCUCUGGGAAUGCCAUGGUAUUGAAGUCACUUUAUUAAACAGAGCGCUGUCUACAGAAGAAUCCAGAGACUGGGACACGGGAAGCCAGAGAUGACCCUGACCAGGCUUGUCUUGUGGCCCACAGUCUGCAAGUGGGACAUAUUGAUCCACGAGUGACCGCCUGCCAAUAAAUCCUCUCCUCAUCAACCCUGCUCUGUGCAUUAGACUUCAUUAAGCAGUUUACCACUUCACUUCGGACUUACAUGUGGGAGCUUUCACAGUAGUAGUUUGGGAGUCACUAGAACUUGGAUUGAUUGCACCCUUUAACAAAAACGAACAGAGCCCAAAAGUACGUUCUCAACAUGGCUUUGAACGUUGCUCCCGUGAGAGACACAAAGUGGCUGACGUUGGAAGUCUGCAGACAGUUUCAGAGGGGGACAUGCUCCCGCUCUGAUGAAGAAUGCAAAUUUGCCCAUCCCCCCAAAAGCUGCCAGGUCGAAAACGGGAGAGUAAUUGCCUGCUUUGACUCCUUAAAGGGCCGUUGUUCAAGAGAGAACUGCAAGUAUCUGCACCCUCCGACCCACUUAAAAACUCAGCUAGAAAUUAAUGGGAGGAACAAUUUGAUCCAGCAAAAAACUGCAGCUGCGAUGCUCGCCCAGCAGAUGCAAUUUAUGUUUCCAGGAACUCCGCUUCAUCCUGUGCCCACUUUUCCUGUAGGUCCCGCCAUUGGGACAAAUACGGCUAUUAGCUUUGCUCCUUACUUAGCACCUGUAACCCCUGGAGUUGGGUUGGUCCCAACGGAAAUUCUGCCCACCACACCCGUCAUCGUUCCAGGAAGUCCACCCGUCACUGUCCCAGGCUCAACUGCAACUCAGAAACUUCUCAGGACUGACAAAUUGGAGGUAUGCAGGGAGUUCCAGCGAGGCAACUGUGCCCGGGGAGAGACCGACUGCCGCUUUGCACACCCCGCCGACAGCACCAUGAUUGACACGAACGACAACACCGUAACCGUUUGUAUGGAUUACAUAAAGGGGCGUUGCAUGAGGGAGAAAUGCAAAUAUUUUCACCCUCCUGCACACUUGCAGGCCAAAAUCAAAGCUGCGCAGCACCAAGCCAACCAAGCCGCGGUGGCCGCCCAGGCAGCCGCGGCCGCGGCCACAGUCAUGACUCAGUCGACUGCCAAAGCAAUGAAGCGACCUCUCGAAGCAACUGUAGACCUGGCCUUUCCUCCUGGUGCUCUUCAUCCUUUACCAAAGAGACAAGCACUUGAAAAAAGCAACGGUGCCAGCACGGUGUUCAAUCCCAGUGUCUUACAGUACCAGCAGGCUCUGACCAGUGCCCAGUUGCAGCAGCACGCUGCCUUCAUCCCCACAGUACCCAUGAUGCACAGCGCUACGUCCGCCACUGUCUCUGCAGCAACAACUCCUGCAACAAGUGUCCCCUUCGCAGCAACAGCCACAGCCAAUCAGAUAAUUCUGAAAUAAUCAGCAGAAACGGAAUGGAAUGCCAAGAAUCCGCAUUGAGAAUAACUAAACAUUGUUACUGUACAUACUAUCCUGUUUCCUCCUCCAUAGAAUUGCCACAAACUGCAUGCUAAAUAAAGAUUUAGUUCUUCUGGACAGAUCACAACUCUAAGAAGUAGUGCUGCUAUAUCCAUAUAUGAGUAUUAAAUAUGGUAUGCUUAGUAUAUUCCAACCUAAGAUAGUUAACUACCUGAGACCAGCUGUGAUGUUUAAGGACAUAAAAGGAUACAGUUUACUUUUAAAAGAGUUUCUAAACAUAGUUUCUGUCCUAGGAAUAUUGUCUUAUCUCCAUAACUAUAGCAGAAAGCCCAGCCAAUAGUACUCAUUUCGAUUCAGAAUAGUUCAAAUUUAGCAAUAAACAAUUAGCAUUAGUUUAAAAAAAAAGAAAAACCUAUCCUAAGGGCAGGUUCAAUUCUAACUUGAAUCACUGCACUGUCAUAUCAUUUACUCACUGAAUCAAAGGGGAAUCUUUCACUUCUUGACAAAGUGCACGCUGCAGCGAAGAUAAGAAGUGAAGUAAAACAGAUACCUGCACCUGCAGGUCUAAAAUCGAAUGCAAGUUCAAGCACAAGUACUGGGACACAUCAGUGUGUGGGAUUUGGUUAGCAUGGAGAUGCCGCAUUGAAUCCUGUGAUUCUAGAAUGACAUUAAAUAGAUUGAAAAUGAAACUUUGCACGGUAUGAGCUUCAUACCCCACCCAACAAAGUCUUGAAGGUAUUAUUUUACAAGUAUAUUUUUAAAGUUGUUUUAUAAGAGAGACUUUGUAGAAGUGCCUAGAUUUUGCCAGACUUCAUCCAGCUUGACAAGAAUGAGAGGCCCAAGCCAACAGUUUAAUCUCAAGGAUUAGCCUUUCAAACUCACCAUCCAGUUGCCUGUUACAGAAUAACUCUUCUAAUCCAAACCUAGUCAAACAAGGAAGCUGUAGGUGAGGAGAUCUGUAUAAUAUUCUAAUUUAAGUAAGUUUGAGUUUAGUCACUGCAAAUCUGACUGUGACUUUAAUCUAAAUUACUAUGUAAACAACAAAAAAAAGUAGAUAGUUUUCACUUUUUAAAAAAAUCCAUUACUGUUUUUGCAUUUCAAAAGUUGGAUAAAGGGUUGUAACUAACUACCGCAUGGAGAAAAAAAACUAGUUCUUUUAAUUCUUUCACUUAAAGCAUAUUUUAUGUCUCAAAAGUAUAAAAAUCUUUAAUACAAGUACAUACAUAUUAUAUAUACACAUACAUAUAUACUAUAUAUGGAUAAAACAUAUUUUAAUGUUGUUUACUUUUUUAAAUACUUGGUUGAUCUUCGAGGUAAUAGCGAUACAAUUAAAUUUUGUUCAGAAAGUUUGUUUUAAAGUUUAUUUUAAGCACUAUCGUACCAAAUAUUUCAUAUUUCACAUUUUAUAUGUUGCACAUAGCCUAUACAGUACCUACAUAGUUUUUAAAUUAUUGUUUAAGAAACACAACAGCUGUUAUAAAUGGAUAUUAUGUGUAAUUGUUUAAAACAUCCAUUUUCUUUGUGAACAUUUUUAGUGAUUGAAGUAUUUUGACUCUUGAGAUUGAAUGUAAAAUAUUUUAAAUUUUGGCAUCAUCACCUACUCUGAAAAUUAGAUGCAUCAACCAUGUCUUUUUUUUUUUUUUUGGUUUGAGAAAAAAAAGAAAUCUGCAUUUUAAUUAAUGUUGGUCAAAGUCUAAUUACUAUCUGUCUUAUAUAGUAGAUCUGAUAAUCCUAUCAAAAGAAAAUCACAUUCUAAUUGUAAUCUUACCUAGUGCUUGUAUUGUUGAGUUUGUUUUUAAUUUGUGGAAAGGUAUUGUAUCUAACUUGUAUUCCUUUGAUAGUCUCAUCUUUAUGUAUUCUUGAUAUUUGUAAUUUUCUCAGCUAUAACAAUGUAGUUACGCUACAACUUGCCUAAAACAUUCAAACUUGUUUCCCUUUUUCUUUUACUUUUUAUUUGUUUAUACAUUUAACCUCAUUGAAAACAUAGUAUACAUUACUAAGAAGUAAAUUACAGGAAUCAUUGAAAUAUUUUUGUAGACUAAUUGUUAUAACAUUGUCUUUUUUUCUUUCAUUUCAUUAUUUUAAUUUUUUAAUUACUAGCACACAACUAUUUUCAGCCCUUUAAUAAUGGAGCAUCAAAAACAUCACCUGUAUCCCCAAGCAAAUAUAGAUGACUGUAUUUUUUACUACGAUAUCCAUUUUCCAGAAUUGUGAUUAUAAUAUGCAAAGAGUCAUAAAUAUGCCAUUUACAGUAAGAAGGAGGCAAGGCAAAUGCAUAGAUGUACAAAUAUAUGUACAACAGAUUUUGCUUUUUAUUUAUUUAUAAUGUAAUUUUAUAGAAUAAUUCUGGGAUUUGAGAGGAUCUAAAACUAUUUUUCUGUAUAAAUAUUAUUUGCCAAAAGUUUGUUUAUAUUCAGAAGUCUGACUAUGAUGAAGAAAUCUUAAAUGCUUUGUUUAAUUACAAAAACAAAAAAUCACCAAUAUCCAAAACAUGAAGAUAUCAAUUCAACAAAUACUGUAGUUAAGAGACUAACUGUCCACUUCUACGGGAGCCACAUUUCACUCUUGGUUUUCAGGAAAUAACAGCACUUCAUGGAAAUAUUCUUUCAGCCACAUGCCACUGGUAACAUUUCUACUAAAUCUUUCUGUAACACUUCAAAUUUUUCUCCUUAGUUCUAUAUUACAGUGUAAACAGGAGUCUAAUUUGUAUCAAUUCUAUGUUUUGGUUGUAAUAUUCAGUUCACUCACCCAAUGUACAACCAAUGAAAUAAAAGAAGCAUUUAAAAGGA